GAUUCUCACGUGACUGAUACAUCUCCGUCUUUUCGCUUUAUCUCGAGAAUUUUUUUUUCCUUUUCCAGCUCCAAGCUUCAUCCAUUCAUUAUCGCCUUUUCGAGUCUGCUGGUAACGGACCUCUUGUAAGGUUCAAUUGCCGUUUCUCGAGUCUCUAAGGGGUCGCUCCUCUAUUCUUCUUUUUUUCCCUCCCUGUUCUCUUUAUUUUUUCUUUUUUUCUUUUCUUUUUUUUCUCUUUUCAGUUUGUUCCUUUCGCGGUUAAAUUGCUUCUCGCCUCCUCUCUCUAUUGACGAUUUUUGAUACAACACUCCUAUCCCUUUAUUUCUCGCUAUCAGACAACCGCUGGAAUGCUUAGGAGAUCGCUCAAGUCCGUCACACGCCCCACGUGUGGCUUUGUCUGUUUGCCUUGUCUGGUUGAAGUUGGAUUCCGUACCCAUGCCGUCCGCUCGUUUCGUCGCUCUCUAACAACCGUCCCUGUGGUCUCUGAAUCGACAAACCCUUCUGUGAUAGCCAAUAUAAAAUACCCCCCUAUUGGGGCAAUCUCGACAACUCCGGGAAGCGGCAAAAGGCAGAAGAAAAAGGCUACUAAACAGAAAAAAAUCGGAAGAGCGGACAAUGUCAGGGAACCAGCAAAUCCAAAGUCCGCAGGGGGAGAGAGCGUGGUCCGCAAAACACGCAACAACAUACCGCUCAAGAAACACAUUGUACAUACACCUGCUCCACAUCUAAGGACAAAACCGUCGCCAAGUCGACCUAAACACGAUCAGUUUUCUCCUCGGCAUCGUGCCCGUCAGGAUAGUGCGAUUUUUAAUACCGUUAAAGACAUCCAACAAUCGAGACGUCCCAGGCAGCCAGUUGGGGAUCCCGCUCCACCCAAGCCGCUACGGAAGAAACAAGAGAAACCUAAAGCAACAAGUGUGGCGCACACCGGCAUUUUGCAGUCGACAAGUGUAUCAUUAACCCCUCUUAGCAUGGAAGGCGCAGAGGUACCGAGACUUUCGUAUGGUUUAGAGAGGGCUUUAUUCAACCCCGGCGUUUACCAUCUUCAGGAUCCGAGGACGCGAGUGUACAACUUUGAUCCCUAUCUGGGAUCGAUUAUGCCGGUCAAGGAAUUCGACUUUUCUGCGCUCAACGAAUAUAUAACAUCUUCGCGGGAUGAUGGGUUGCGCGAGCUGGCCGUUCGUCAUGGCAAGAAAUACAUUGGGUCCUCUUCAAGCAUGACAUCUGUUCUGUCACAUUUCCACUACUUGCUCUCCGCCUGGCGGCCCCUGAAUACUAGUUCUAUUUCGCAGGGCUUUACCGAAGUGGCAAAGAACUUCACAAAGAUCUUGCGAGCACCGUCCGCUGUCUUUCUGCGUUAUAAGGAUGGGGUCUACGCCAUCGAUGCGGAUAAGGAAUAUGACAAUGCGAACAUUCUUAUGAACCUGGGCAAGUCGAUGGAGAAACUACUAACUAUGCCCACUGAAGAAUUCGAGCGGUACCGGAGAUCGAGUACCGAUAAAGUUACACCUGAUGCCGUCGCGCCCGAAACUUACCAUUAUACCACUUGCGGCAACUUCUUGAUGAGGGCACAGCUUGAUGCCUACGACCCCCGCCUUCCAGGCACCGGCAUGUUUGACUUGAAGACUCGGGCUGUUUUAUCGAUCCGGAUGAAUACAAGGCACUACGAUCGUGGACUCGGAUACCAAAUCAAAGGUCGAUUUGGGAAAUUCGAGUCUUUCGAGCGCGAGUACUUCGACAUGAUCCGCGCAGCGUUCCUGAAAUACUCCCUACAAGUUCGCGUCGGCCGUAUGGAUGGCAUAUUUGUUGCUUUCCACAACAUUGAACGCAUCUUCGGUUUCCAAUAUGUCAGCUUGCCCGAGAUGGAUCUGGCCCUUCACGGCCAAACAGAUACCGCCCUUGGAGACGCGGAGUUUCAACUUAGUGUGUCCCUCUGGGACACAGUUCUGGCUAAGGCUACCGAAAAAUUCCCUAACCAAUCGCUGCGCUUCCAUUUCGAAACGCGGGAGACACAAACACCUUGCAUGUAUGUCUUUGCGGAACCCGUCACAGAGGAACAAAUUGAAGAGAUUCAGAAUCGCAACAAGGCGGAAAUUGAAGCUGUUCAAAGAAAACUCUUAUUCCCCGACGAACUCGAACAGAAGGGUGAAGAUGCCCUCGACCAAGAAGGGACCUCCCUUCAGGCAUCGUCAGGAACAAUCACUGAGCCCGUUUCAUCUGAGCCAGAAAUUACAGUUUCUGACGGCGAAGCCGCAGCUGACAUCACCGCUGAGCCUUCCGAGGAUUUCGCUAACAAACCAUUAUUUGCCAUGAGCAUCACCAUCAACAACAAGGUAAAUGGCAGACCUGUCGAGCGGCCACAGCUUUUCACUGCCAGAGACAAGUGGGAUGUGGAGUACACAUUCACUACGUUCAACAACCCAGAACGCGCGUGGGCAAUUUACUCAGCUUGCCAGAGAAGGCGGGAACUCAGCCUUGACUUCGACGACGACGAAACCAUCGAGGAUAACGCUUUUCAGAUCCAGUUGCAGAAGAUUAGCCAAGAAGGCAGGGCGUGGCGCAGACGGCAAGAUAGAAUAGAGCAGGAGACCGGCACCAUUGUUCUACAAUAGAACAGAGUGGAUAUGACAGCCGCCUUCCAUCGUUCGCUCUUCGGGAGCUGAGGAAAUAUGUAUCAAAAGGUAUUUUAAAAGGGUUCUGGGUAAUAAUACUUCGUGUUCUGGCGUUUUCAUAUCCCAUAUUUUUAUUCUUCUGCUGCCUUACCUACCCCUUGAUGAUGAUGAUAUAUGGCAACAUGUUUAUAUUACCCCUUUUAUCCAUUUUAUUACUUUCUUCCAUUUUAGAACACAGCACUACACUACACUGUACUAUAUGCAAUGGGUGCCCUCUGCUUGCCUCAUGAUUUGCAACCCCAUCUGUUCUGAUAAGCAUAACAUACGGCUUUAAUAUCGCACUAUUAUUUCCUCCUCGGCUUUUUUUUUUAAAGCUCUAUGCGAUGUUUGGUUCUUUCGCAUGUGAGUUAAUUGGCUUUUUGGCGUUCGUGUUGCUUUUACAUAUAUAUUUUUAUUCAUUUUUUGCUCCUGUUUAUAGAAUAAUGCUGCUUUUGUCAUGUUUUCUCUCUGAAUUCCCGGCAUUGCCAAGUAUGAAAAUAGAUUUCUUUGCGUUUCUCCUCCCUUGUUGCUUUUGUGGAACGACUUUUCAAGACACGGAAAGAAAAAGCUUGAAGGAAGCUCCUGUUUUAGUUGCUCCAGGCGCAUCUAAGAUUAGACUGGGCACAAUGUCCUGUGAGACGGUUCAGAUAUUUAAACCAGAAUGCAUAAUUCCGGGUCUAGAAGGGCCAGAAUUCUGUGAACUUUGGAAGGGUCUCCAGGAUUACACGUACGCUGAAUGUUGUGCAUUAUUCAGAUAUUAUUCCUCCUAGCCCAUCUCCAAUUUUCUACCGUGUUUCCUGACUUGGGUACAGACAUACCGGCGGCUCCGAUUUUUAUCCCAUAGGGAGAGGCAAAACUAACAGAAAUGACAACUUCUGCAAUCGCCUGCUUCCACCCCUUGUGACAAUCCCGCUGUCAGUGCUCUCAACGGCAAGCAUCAUAGUCAGCAGCGCCCAAGCCUGCAUUCUAGAUCUUGCUUAACAAAUAUAUGCUUAGGUUAUUUCAAUCGUGUCGGCUGUGUUCCACCACAUAUCGAUAUAUAUUCUGUUACAAGACCACUAGGGCAGUUUAGUUCUGGCUAGAAUAAUUACGAUAGCUUCGAGAAAAAAGGUUGAUAGUCCUGAACCAUUUGCAUGACUUGAUGAGAUGCUAUUUCGAUGUCUAGAUACGAUUCCUGGGUGCGCCUUGCAACCAUAUACACAUAUGGAGCAGCUGCGCGAAGGCUGCAUAUCAGCAUGGCCAACGAACGGGUGGAUUUAAUUUAUGAUGAAUUCGGUACAACCAUUAACUAGCUCACAAGUGAGGAGAGGAAGGAGUUGGUUGUAGCAAAUGGAGUGCUUGGGAAAUCAGCUUCAGAGAGAUGGGUAUCAUUUUGAGAAUGGCUGUGUUUCCCAAAAGGGUUUGCCUCUUAUCGAGUGGAGGAGCAAAUAUAUUAUCAGUAUCUACUGAUACUCCAGAAAACACGGCUGCAUACACUUGUGAAGCGUCUCUCCAUGUUGUUCUUGUUCUUCUUCCAUAAGAAAAACAGCACAAAAAGGGGAAAUUCCAGCGCGCGAUCUACCGAAACGUGGACCUUUUUAAGCUCCAAUGGCAAAAUAAAGUUGAGCAACAACGGCUAUUUGUGAGAGAUAUCGAUGGCAUAAUUAUCAGAGAUCACAGGUGCUUUCGAAGGCGCGCUGUGCUGUUUUAUGUUUGAUGAGAUAAAUAAAAGUCCUUCCCCUGAGUUUGGAAGCGAUCAGAAUCCGUUGUUGUUCAUUGGUCAAUUCGGUGCCUUAAGUCGGAACACUAGCCUAGCCGCCAGUCAAACGUUAAAUACUCGCUUAUCAUUUCGUCAUAAAAAGCAAAGUUGCAGCUUCACCUGGAGGCUGAGAAUCCGAAAAAGCCAUCAGUCCACCAAACCUUCUCCUAACGCGCGAGAGAGGAGCCACAGGGGAGCCUGAUGGCGAACCGCGCAAAAUCAACAAGUUGCCUGAUUGGUUCGCAAGCAGUCCCGUUCUCGACCUCCCGCCAAUACGGGCUUGCCAUUGGAUGGAGCUUGCCCAAUAUCAAACUCGAUGGCGACAAGAGCUCUAGAUCGACAGGAUUAUAGUGCGCUCGUCGAUGAUGACGUGCCUGGCGGCGUAUGCAAAGCGCCUAAGGCCAGCAUGCAAACUGUAGCGGCCGCCACCUCAGGCGUGUUGCCACAGCGAUCGCCUCACAUGCACGUGAUCCACCAUAAUCCGUAGCUAGCUUUCUCCGAGAUUAAUGAGAUCAACCAUCCUCACAAAACUAGUUUUGCCCAAAUCGUUGAAUCUGCUUUUCGUUUUCGCAUUUUCCCUGUUUUGACUUUUGAAGUUUUGGUUUACCCCACAUUGGUCUUAUUUUUCAGCUCUGAACAUUUAGCCGAUUCAUGCGCCACCUUUUUUGAUAUCCGCGACCAUCGUAAUUUCUAACAGGUCUGCUUCGAAGGUGGUUUUGGCGAUGUAGAUAAAAAACACAACAUUCACGUAUAAGCAGUGCGAUCUGUCUCCGGAGAAUCUACCGACUGAAUAAUGAUAAGGUGUUUGUGUGUUUUGAGAAGAUUUUUUGCUCAAGUCACUUCGUCCAUGGUGCUCCAAGGUAGUUCGCGCGCAUCGCGUCCUUGAUAUUUAUUUGCCAUUCAAUGUAACGCUCAAGAUGCACUCAACUGAUGGUUCAGGCAAUAAAUUUCAAAUAGCUCAUGGGAUUAUUUAUACAUACACUGCACAGUCCUUUUGUCAUCAUCAUAUAGUCGACUUGGACAUGCACCUUUGAUGACAUGAGUUAUCUUUCUGUUUCCAAGUUCUGAUGCUGUAAACAAUCGUUCGUCUUACUGUAUCAGGCAAGAAUACGGAGACAUAUGCGGGAUAGCAGACGGAGCGCAAACGAGUUAAGUCGAAAAUGGAGAACGUAGGUAGCAUUGAGGAUUGUGCUGAUGUUGCAUGGAAGGCCAGCCAUCCUCGAAGCUCAGGGGUUAAGGGGCAGCCAUCACGUCACAAUGACUAUACAGCGGGACGUCCCAGAGACGCUUUUAAAGGGCCAAAGAGAGCUUGACUGUUUGGCCGGAGAGCUGUUGUGAACGAUGUGGAAUCAUAAUUGGGAGGGGAGUUGAGUGUGAGAGAAGUCCAUGUUGGAAACCAACGACAGACAAACAAAACUUGUCUCUUAACUCUCUCCCAAAGUACGGAGUAAUGACAAUCAUACCUGCAGGGCGUGUCAGCGGCGAGAGA